AAGUGUUUCAGAGCUUGCAAAGGGUUAAUAGCAAGGGCUUAUAUUUGGGGAAGCAGAAAACUAAAACCAUCAUAGCUUCCACCAUCACUCAAGGUAGCAGCUGGUAUAGAACUGCUGGGGAGACCUUCCUUCCUCCUCAAGCUUUCAGGACUCUGCUCUUACAAUGGCCUUGGUCUAUCAACCAAUGAUGCAAUUAAGUGGCAUACUGUUCUCUCUGUUGGGAUGGGUCCUGUCCUGUCUCACCACCUAUCUACCCCAGUGGAAAAAUCUUAACUUGGAACUGAAUGAGUUGGAGAUCUGGACCAUGGGACUCUGGCAAGCUUGUGUUGUACAGGAAGAAGGGGGAAUGCAAUGCAAGGACUUCGAUUCUUUCCUAGCUUUGCCUCCAGAGCUCAGGAUUUCUAGGAUUUUGAUGUUUUUUUCCAAUGGAUCAGGGCUUCUGGGCCUCUUGCUCUCGGGAUUUGGGUUGGACUGUUUGAAAAUUGGUGAAAGACAACAGGAACAAAAGAAGCGGUUGUUGCUGUUCGGAGGAAUGCUCGUCUGGAUAUCGGGGAUUACAGCUAUUGUCCCAGUUUCUUGGGUUGCCCAUUCCACAGUCCAGGAGUUUUGGGAUGAGAAUAUACCAGACAUUGUUCCCAGGUGGGAUUUUGGGGAAGCAUUGUUUGUUGGCUGGCUUGCUGGAUUUUGUCUAAUAUUAGGAGGAUCCCUACUUAAUUGCACAAUCUGUUCCACUGAAGUCCAUCCGUCUUCAGUCCAUUACACAGUAGCAGAACAGCAGGAUCAGUGUCAACGCUUGGAAACUGAAACUAGGCCUUAAAAUGGAAGGUUUAA